AGUUGUCUUUGAAUCACGCGUGAUUCGUCUUUGAGUCUCAGAUUCACGCCACCGCUGGGAUUGGGAUAGCGAAGAUGAAACCAGGGAGAGCCAGGAAGAGCCAGAGCUGACAAGCUUUCGUAGUGCAGGUGCCAACGAGCCGAAUCACGCUAGUGCUCCCGAAUUCGCCGUCACUUUCCCGUUAUCAAAGACGGCGUUAUCUCGCUCUUUGCAACUCGAAUCGUAGACAUCCAGAAACAUGAAGACACCUCUUAGAAUAGCUAUCCUCGAAUGCGACACGCCGCCAGCCGCGGUUGUCGAGAAGUACGGCAGAUAUGACCGUAUCUUCACAACGCUAUUGGAAACCGCAGCCACGGAACUGGGCUUAUCGCCGAAGCAAGAUCUCGAAUUGAGCGCAUUUGAUGUAGUCACAGCGCAGGAAUAUCCAGACUUGGAAAAUGUAGAUGCCGUACUGAUCUCGGGCUCGAAACACAACUCCUUCGACAACGACCCGUGGAUUCUAAAGCUGGUCGAGUUCACGGAGAGACUGUUGAAGCAAGAUCGGAUUCGUAUCAUCGGUGUUUGCUUUGGUCACCAAAUUCUUGGAAGAGCUGCAGGGGUCAAAGUUGGACGCAGCGACAAUGGAUGGGAAAUCUCGGUGCUGCCAGUACAACUCACCGCAAAAGGCAAAGAGAUCUUCCAACAGGAUACCUUGGCAAUCCACCAAAUGCAUAAAGACAUUGUCUUCGAGUAUCCGGAAGGCGUGGAGAAACUGGGUGGAUCACCACGGUGUUUGGUGCAGGGCAUGUACAAAAAGGGCAAGCUCAUCUCUGUGCAAGGACAUCCUGAGUUCACCGAGCCUAUCGUAAGCUACUUGGUCAAGAUGAGGGCGGAGCAGGGUAUUUUUGAAGACGAGCAGGCAAAGGAUGCACUGGCGAGGGUCGGGAAUCACCAUGACGGAGUAGUCAUUGCCAAAGCGUUCUUGAGAUUCUUGCUUGAGGAUUAGGAAUAAUCGGAUGUUAAGCUUAAAAGAUGCUUAAUAGUCGAAUAUAGCUAUGUGCCUGCAUGCCGAUAACUAGCC